AUAUAUAUAUAUACAGACUCAACCAAUCACUCUGCACAAAUAAUACCUUACCUCUCUCUCUCUCUCUCUCUCUCUGGUUCUUAGCUUAAUUACUUUUUGUCUAGGAAAAGGAAAAGUAAAAAAUGGGAUACCUUGAUUACCUUUCAGAAUUGUGCAGUUCCACCAGCACAAGGAAAGGCAAGCGCAAAGUAAUGCAGACAGUUGAAGUCAAAGUGAAAAUGGACUGUGAGGGCUGUGAAAGGAGAGUAAAAAGUUCUGUUUCCUCCAUGAGCGGAGUGAAAACGGUGGACGUAAACCGUAAGCAAAGCAAGGUGACAGUGAGCGGGUACGUGAAGCCAGACAAGGUUUUAAAGAGCGUGAGGAGUACCGGGAAGAAAGCCGAGUUCUGGCCAUACGUUCCCUACAAUCUGGUGUAUUACCCUUAUGCCCCUCCCUCUUAUGACAAAAAGGCCCCUGCCGGACACGUGAGGAACGUGGCGCAGCCUCUUCAGAGCCCGACCGUUAAUGACAGACUCGCCACUAUGUUCAGCGAGGACAAUACGGAAGCGUGUUCUAUCAUGUGAACUCUUGAGCUAGCAGCAUCGCAAUAUUCCAAUGCUUAUGGAAAUCGAGAUAGUCUUUGAUCUGUCUCGUUUUUUUGAGGGCUUGUAAUGGGAUAUUGCAAUGCUUCCUGAGCAUUGGAAGCCCUCGAAAAUCGAGAUAUUGGUCUAUCUAGCUAUAAAUGCGUUUUGUGGUCUUGUUUUUCUAGCAAUAAGAUUUAGAGUGUAUAGCCUGUUUGGUUGUAAAAAGAUGGAUGCAAAUAAAUUUUGAAUUAGGAGAUUUUCCCUUUUCAGGUUGUAGGCGGUAUUUUCUUGAAGUGUCUCAGCGGUCUACCAGAAUCUUCAAAUAGUCUAGAGUGUGAUAACAUGUAAUUUGCUAUAUUGUGUUGAAAGAACAAACUUUUGCUUGUAAUGCAUUUCAAGAGAAAUUACCUUCACAAAA